CAGGAAGAGAGCGCCGCACCUGUCUGUCGGCCUGUGGCUCAAAGCAAAGUGCAUGAAGAAGAAGGAGUAGCAGCUGAUCGGCUCCACGUCAGAGGAAACAAACAUGCAGAACAUUAGCUCCCCGGGGGGCCGGGUCCUCUCUGAGGAGCAGUUCACCUGCUCCAUCUGCCUGGAGGUGUUCGUGGAGCCCGUCUCCACGCCCUGCGGACACAGCUUCUGCAAGGCCUGCCUGCAGGGCUACUGGAACCACAGCAAGAAGUUCGUCUGCCCCAUGUGCAAGAAGACCUACUCCAAAAAGCCCGAGAUGAGCGUCAACAGGGUCCUGGCUGAGAUCUCCACCCAGUUCCAGGGGCUGGUCAUGUCCGGAGGAGCCGGGGGAGGUGGGGCCUCGUCACGGGGAUCCACGCUGAACCUGAGCUCGGACACGGGCCAGGGGAGCUCCACAGGGCAGGACACGGGGGAGUUCGCCCGGCCCGGAGAUGUUCCCUGCGACGCCUGCAUCGGCAGGAAGUUAAAGGCGCUCAAGUCCUGUGUGAACUGCCCCGGGUCGUUCUGCGAGACACACCUCAGACAUCAUAAAAAGGUGAGGUCUCUGAUAUCUCAUCGUCUGAUCGAACCCACCUUCAACCUGGAGGACAAGAUCUGCAAGAAGCACGAGCGUCUUCUGGAGGCCUACUGCCGCACGGAUCACACCUGCAUCUGCACGACCUGCGCCGAGGUCGCUCACAAGUCCCACGACAUCGUCUCCACCGACCACGAGUGGAAGAAGAAGACGAGCAAUCUGAGCAAGAAGAGGUCCGAGCUCAAGCAUCUGAUCAAGGAGAGGGCCAAGAAACUGGAUGAGAUCAAACAAUCCAUCAAGGUCAUCAAGGCGAGCGCUCAGAAGGAGUUGGAGGAGAGCUGGCAGGUGUACGCCGAGCUGCAGCGCAUGGUGGAGCAGAGUCAGGCGGAGCUGGUGGAGGUGAUCGCCACGAGGCAGCGCGACGCCGAGCGCCAUGCGCAGGAGCUGGCCCGAGGCCUGGAGAACGAGCUCAGCCAGCUGAGGAGGAGGAGCAACGAGCUGGAGGCCUUCGCCCAGACCCAGGACAAGGUGGUCUUCCUGCAGAACCUGACGACGCUGACGCCCCCGCCCGAGCCCACCGAUUGGUCGGCGGUCAGCAUCAACACCGACCUCUACCUGGGAACCAUCCGCUCCUCCGUCAGCAGCCUCAUUGACAAGUUCCAGGAGGAGCUCAGGCGGCUGUACGGGAAAGAGCUCCGGAAGGUGCAGAACUACUCAAGUGAGGUGAUACUGGAUCCCGCAACGGCCCAGAGGAAUCUGGUCGUGUCCGAAGACGGUCGCCAGGUGAGGUACGAGGAGCGCAAGACCUCCCACUCGGAGGGUCCCAAGCGCUUCAGCCCGGCCCUCUUCGUCCUGGGCCGAGAGGGUCUGAGCUCGGGGCGCCACUACUGGGAGGUGGACACGGGCCGCAAGAUGGCCUGGACGCUCGGCGUGGCAAGCGGCUCGGCCCGCCGCAAGGGUGAGAUCAAGCUGAGCCCAGAGGGGGGAUACUGGUGCCUGUGGCUGAAGGGCGGAGAGGUGAAGGCCUUGACGUCGACUCGCCUCCCUCUCAUGCUGCAGUCGCAACCCAGCAAAGUGGGAAUCUUCCUGGAUUAUGAAGGAGGCCAGGUCUCUUUCUACGACGUGAAGGCCCGCCUGCACCUCUACACCUUCACCCAUUCGUUCAGCGAGAGCCUCUACCCAAUCUUCAGCCCCUGUCUCAUCAAGGACGGGAAUAACACGGCCCCUCUCAUUAUAACCCCCGUCAAACACACCUGAGAGCGACAGCCGCUCAGACAUGAAGGAAGAGAUUAAGAACGGGCCAUUUUGUCCUUUAUUUGGUCUGAAAACAUCACGUUUCUCAGUGAGCCGACUCCAUGACAGUUUUUACUUGAUUGCACUUUACCUCAAACAACUUUGGACAGAUUAAAGUCAAAACCCACUACAACACUUUAUCACCACAAGGACGUGUUAUUGCAUUCACUGAAGUGAAAUCAGGAUCCAUCCAGGUCCAGUAAAGGCCGCUGACCCACAGAGGGACUGUUUGGUAGUAAUAAAAUGAAAGCAAGCAUCGUGUUUCCAGUGUGUUUGGGUCAAUAAUUAUGACUGACUUGACACACAUUACAUUGAAAUGCAUCGAUAGUUUGGUUCCCUAUAAGUUGACAUGUUGUUUUUAUACUGUAUAUUCUUAUCUCAGAUAUACAGAAGAGGAUUAGGGCCAAUGACUCCUAUUGGAAAUUUAGGAAGGCUGGAAACAUCACAAAAUGGUACGGGAUUAAGACUUUAAACUCAUUUUGACACUGGCGCUAAUCCCCUUCUGUACAAAUUGUUUAUAAUGAAAACGUGAUGGAUCAUUUUGCUGUACGACACGUUGACCCGUGGUACUUACGUUUCGUAGCCACGGUUCAGCCGGAUGUGUUCAGGAAAGCAGUUGUGUUGAAAUAAUUCUUCACUUCCGGCACUUUUCUCGCUAUCUAAGUCUUUGCUGAACGGUUUCCAUGAGGUUUGAGAUAAUGAAGUUAAAUAGAUACAUGUGCUGUGUUUGGGCUACAGGGGGAGGCAACAAGGGAUGUUUGCACAUACUGCCAUAAUAAAGCUGUUUCCAAGUUUAAUUUACAGUUUAACGUGGACGUAGAAUUCAUGCUCUGUAUUUUUAUAUCAAACGUUUGCUUUUGUACCUUUUUAUUUUCCUGAACUUGUUCAAUAAAGAUCCACUGCCACAUGCGUUCUGUUCA